AUGGCGGUCUGUGACCUGGAGUUAAACUGGCAGUCUGGUGCUUGUGGCCUUUGGGAGCAGCAGUGGGGCGAGUUUCUGUGGGUGUAUUCAGCCAGGUUGGAAGACGGGCUCCAAAGAAGACCGCCGCUUCGACCUCGACGUGCCGGCAGAUCGGGGCUAGCGCUCAGGAGCGAGAGAGCUUGCUCAGCACGGAGUCAGUGUGGAGCGUGUUCUUCCGGGGAGAUCUUUGGACCGCUUUUUCGGAGAGCAGCGCGGACUGAUAGAGGUGUAGGUGAAGAUGCUGGAGGCCGACCUUGUUGCAAAAAUGCUGCGAGCUGUUCUUCACUCCCACAAAAAUGGCGUCCCCUUGGCAAAGCUUCAGGGCGAGUACAAGUCGCUGACUGGGGACUGGAUUCCCUUCCGGCACCUGGGACACGGCACGCUGGAAAGCUACCUGGAGAGCAUCCCGGGAGUGGUCCGAAUCGAGGAGAACAAAGUGGGAGAGGAAAGCCCAAAGGAACUUUGCGACAACCGAGGUUGAUGAGCAGCUCAGAAGAAGGCAGCAAGAGGCCCGUCCCCCGGCCGCAGAGAGGCAGAGGUAUGGCGUACGGCGUGGUGAAGCCCACUGUAGAGAGCGCCCUGCCUGCCUUGCCCCUAGCCGCUGGAAGUGGACCAUCUAAAGACAUUCCCAUGCAGAGGCAUGUCACGGUGAUAAACAGUUGUUCUAGAGUAUUAGCAAAAUACACCGUGAAGAGGAAGCCUAAACUGGGCAAGGUGGAGUUCAGCUUACCUGAUCCUUCCUUACAAUAG